AUGCCUCCCAAAGGAAGCGGUACCAAACCACGGAACUCUUCUCCCAUCAAACCUACCCGAAAACCUUCCAAGACACCCGCAGCCGCAAGGAAAGCGCUGGUAUCUGAACCUGCUCCAUUCAAGGCUGGUAAGCAAAAAGCGAUGAAUGAAGAGGGUGGGGAGGAUGAGGCAGGUGAGCGGGAGAGCGGCAAAGAUAGGAAGAAGAGGAGGUUAGGAAGUAAUGUGCAAAUGGAAGAGGAAGAGGAGAUUGUAGUAGUGGAAGAGGAGGAGGUCGGAGCUCAUGUCCACAAUAACGGUGAUAAGGAGGGAGAUGAUGGAUCACAAGAUAUAUAUAAAGAGCUUUCAAGUAAAUUUCAAUCCAAAUCUAGGGAAAGUAGAAAGUCGAAUCCGAGAUCGUCAAACAAGAGUAAAGAGCUGAAAAAGCUGGAAGAGUUAUAUGACCAUUUAUCCAAGUUGAUUAAUGAUGAAGAUACAGUCGGGAAGCGCCGAGAGGUCAUCAAUCAACUUACGUCCCGACUCACUGAUGCGAUCAACCAAGAUAUCGAAAAUGCCAAGAGGAAAGAUGUUCUAUGGGAAACCCUCAGCCUGAGGAUGCUGAUUUCUUCUUCAUUAACUCUCUUAUCUCCUAGUGAACGAUUUGGCGGAUUACAUCAUCAUUAUGCAGAUUUCCUGAAUGAUUAUCAUGGUCCAUUGGAGAUCGUGAUGAAAGAUGCUGUACAAACAUAUGUGGAGAGACCAAAGGAGAUCGAAAAGACUAUCAAAGAAUUCACGAAACUUCAGAAAAACAGGAUCAAAGAGGACGAGGUGAACAGAUCUACCUCACUGGAUUCCAAGAAAAUUGUCCAACAUGCUCAAAAAUUGAUGUUAUCGAUGAUCAAGAAGCCUACGCUAGAGGUGAAGCAAAGUUAA